AUGCUUUGGUAGCGAGAAGCAAAACAUUGAAGCGGGGAGGGGUUGAGGAAGCUGGCGCGCUGGCUUAAGGCUCCUGCCCGGAUCCGCGCUGCGUGAUGCACACAACAGAGGAAGAAGAGGAAGAGGAGGAGGGGUUGGAGGAAGGAGGAGCGAGCGGUGGAACGGACCGGUUUCAGGCUCGCAGCCCCUCAGUCUCUCCUCUGUGCUCGGUGAAGAAGCGUCUCUCUGCCAUUCCUCUCUCCCUCGCACGCACCAGCUUUUCCCCGACUCCUCUGCCCGAGCUGAGCAGAGCCAACGCGGCGGUUAGAGGGCUCGCUCGCCCUCAACUACUUCUGCAGCCAUGCUGCCCUGGAAACGGAAUAAGUUUGUCCUGGUGGAGGAUGAGUCCAAGAGCAAACCCAAGAGCCUGGGGACCGGGCUGACCUACCACUCCAUCCUCUCGUCCCUUCUGCGCUCCUGUCCGGACCUGCUGCCCGACUGCCCCUUCGACUGGGUGGGCAACAUCUUCCACAGCAAGCGGCAAAAGGUGCAACUGAACAAAGAGGAGCCCGUUUACAACGUGCGGUACCUGGGGAGCGUGGUCACCAUCACGGCAAAGGGAGACGGCUGUACCCAGGAGGCCGUGGCCAAGAUCUGGGCGAGGAGCAACUACGGGGAGCAGAGCGUCAAGAUGAGGUUGACGGUGGGGCCGCAAGGUAUCCGGAUGAGUGCCGACAAAUUUGGGAAAAAGAAACCCGUCCAUCUUUACUCCCUGAACAGAAUCACCCACUGCGGCGCCGACCCGUUGCGGCCCAAGAUCCUGGCCUGGAUCUACAGGCACCAGGUCAAGAACAUGGCCGUGGUGCUCCGGUGUCACGCCGUCCUGGUCAGCAAGUCAGAGAAGGCCCGGGCCGUCGCCGCCAGCCUCUUCCAGAACGCCACGUCCUCCUUCAGCGAGUUCAAGCGGCUGAAGCGCCAGAGCGACUUCCGGCACUGCCAGCAGCAGCUGCUGGGCGAGGACGCGGUUCCCCUGAUGCCGCUGAGGAGGCUGCUGAACGGGCAGUGCCACUACAGGCCGACGGCCGACAACCCCGGCGGCGCCGCCCGCCUCUGCUCCAUCACGGAGGAGGAAGAAGAAGAAGAAGAAGAAGAAGAAGAAGAAGAAGAAGAGGAGGAGGUUGAGGACAGUGAAGAUGACAAGCAGGAGACGCAGAAACCAGCAGAGGACGUAACAGUGCAGCGGGCAAAGGUUUUCACAACAAACACGGACCCGACUCAGUUACUGUCAGAGCUGGACAUCGGGGAUAUCGCCAGACUGGAGCAUUGCCAAAUCAACUUUGUCAGCGACGGCAACAACAACAUGUUUACAUUCGUGACGUCUCUGGUGUGACCGUUGGAAGACCCCCUCGCCGGUACCCCCACUCAGGCGACACUCCCCGUCCAUGUAGUGUGACGUGUUUACCCAGAAACUUCUCCUUCUGCCGGGCGCUGGAAGGAAAAGGCGGAUGGUUGUUCUGUUGGUUGACUUUUUGCAGUUUUGGGAGACUGCGUGUUUACAAAGACGGACAAGAUGAGCACAAUGAUGGAGGAGGACAAUGAUUUCGGAGAAACCAGGAGAGCUCCGAGGCCGAGAUCAUUGGGAUCACGUAUUGAUCACGGCACCAAGCAGGAUGUUUUUUUUCUUCUUUUCUCUGUUGCUUAAUUUGUGUGAGGAUGAUUAAAGCUGCGUUUGCCAGCAGGGACAUUUUUCAGACGGACUUGUGAUAUUCUUUCAGGGGACGUUAUUUGUAAAUUUGUGUAAUUUUUCUAGUGUGACAGAUUGUUAGUAGACUGACCUUUCUGAAGUGCUAACAGUCGCGAGAAGUUUAUUACGGUUUUACUAAUGAUCACGGCCCACUAUUGAUUAAGGUCAUAAUUUAGGAAGCAAGCCAUCGAGUCGACGUGUUUAUUGCUGUCAUUUGUUACAGUCCUUAUCAUUUGUGCAUGCCGUGUCAGCAGCAACCUUUUCCUGCAGAGCUUUUGUCUCAUUAAUGUGACACCUUUGAUCCUUUGGCUUUUGAAAUUAACACUGUGAUAAAUUUGUGGUCGGGGAUAAAAUAACACAACUGUUCAUGUGGCAAUUUUUUAUUUAUGUAAUGUGUUUCCUUUUACAUAUUGCCGUGUCACCUGGCUUGCCAAAACAACAACAAAAACAGAUCUCAUUGCUUUGCUCUUCUUCUGCUGAUGGACCCUUAGAAUCGAACACAAGCUGUGUUAAACGUGACGUCGGGAAAUUUCCUGUUGAUAAAAUCUAUACACCCACCGAAAGAUACAUUGUGAUUAUCAUGAGAUUAAUCAAUUUAUUUUCCAUAUAUCCAUAUUUGAUGAAUAAAAAUGAUCCUCACUUGAACCACAGAGGGAUCGUAUUUUCUAGAUGUUUUUCGAAUAGAUUAUUCAAAUGAAUCCAUGAACUUUGCAUUCCACUAGUGUGAAUCUGCAUAUAGCGAAAACAUGCAUCUGACCUACUAUUCAAAGACAAAGGAACAACAUAUUUACACCAGUAUUAUCUGCUUUGUGAGCUAGGAAACUUUUUGUCACAAGAAAAACCGCAACUCAAAACCAGUGGGUCCCAUUAUUUGUGGGCUAGUUGAGAAAUGUCCGCAGGCCUCUUGCUGGCUUUUCAUUCUGAGGGGAGCAAUUAAUCAGCGUAUUGAAUUGUUCAGGAAAUGAAAAUAAAGCACCUGGCUCGGCAGGACGGCUGUCAGGCUCUGACAGAAGAAAGUGAAGGAAGUGACUCACCCAUCAGACAUUUCACUGCAAACAUCAGCCAUUUUACUCAUAAUUUCACACACAACUUUAGCAUGUUUGAAUUUGGGUGUUUUUCAAUCGGCAUCUCUGUCACCUAACUUGUAUUUGUUUAAUAUGUUCCAAAAUAAUUCAUCACAAUAGCACAUUGUAGUGCAAUAAAUAUAAUAGCUCAUUGUGAAA